AACUAGUUAUGAGGUGUCGUAUACAUUAGACGUUUUGAUAUAAUUUUAAUAAUUUCUGCUAUUAAUUAUUAUACGAAAUGGAUAUUGGAGAUCCACAAAUUGGUCGGCUGCGUGUGACAGAUGAAGUAGGAUUAAAAUGUCAAAAAUUAUUUCAAGACUUCCUCGAAGAAUUUAAGGAAGAUGGUACGACUAAGUAUACAGAAGCAGCUAAGGAAUUAAUAAGUCCAGAACGAAGUACUUUAGAAGUAUCUUUUGAUGAUAUUGAUGCAUAUAAUCAAGCAUUGUCUACGACAAUAGUUGAGGAAUAUUACAGAGUAUAUCCAUUCCUUUGUCAGGCUGUAUCCAAUUUUGUAAAAGAUACAGGAGAACUGAACAAAGAUAAAGAAUGUUAUGUGAGUUUCACCGAUGUUCCAACAAGACAAAAGCUUAGAGAAUUGAAUACUUCUAAGCUAGGUACUCUCAUUCGUAUAUCUGGACAAGUAGUUAGAACGCAUCCUGUUCAUCCAGAAUUAGUAUUAGGCACUUUUAUAUGUAUGGAUUGCAAUGGUUGCAUUAAAAAUAUAAAACAACAGUUUAAGUUUACAAAUCCAACAAUUUGUCACAAUCCUGUCUGCAGUAAUAGACGUCGUUUUAUGUUAGAUGUAGACAAUUCCAUAUUCAUAGACUUUCAAAAAGUAAGAAUUCAGGAAACACAAGCAGAACUGCCUAGAGGAUGCAUUCCACGCUCUCUUGAAGUUAUUUUAAGAGCAGAAACAGUAGAAAGCGUACAAGCUGGUGAUAGAUAUGAUUUUACUGGUACAUUAAUAGUAGUACCGGAUGUAGGUGCAUUGGCUUUACCUGGUGUAAAAUCAGAGCCUGGAUCAAGACAUAAACAGGGUGACCAAGAUGAGGGUAUAACAGGACUUAAAGCACUUGGUGUCAGAGAUUUAACAUACAAAAUUGCCUUUCUUGCUUGUAGUAUUACAGCAACUAGUCUUAGGUUUGGUGGAACUGAAAUGGUAAUGGAAGAAAUAUCUCAAGAAAUGAUGAAGAAGCAAAUGACUGAGGCAGAAUGGAAUCGUAUAUACGAAAUGAGCCGUGAUAAAAAUCUUUAUCAAAAUUUAUCAACCAGCAUGUUUCCUGCAAUACAUGGUAAUGAUGAAAUUAAGAAGGGAAUAACGUUAAUGCUUUUUGGAGGAGUUGCAAAGACCACAGAGGAAGGAACAUCAUUAAGAGGAGAUGUCAAUUGCUGUAUAGUAGGAGAUCCAAGUACUGCCAAAUCACAGUUCCUUAAAAAUGUUACUGAUAUGUCUCCUAGGGCAGUUUAUACAUCUGGAAAAGCAUCCAGUGCUGCUGGUUUAACUGCUGCUGUAGUUAGAGAUGAAGAAUCUGGCGAAUUUGUUAUAGAAGCUGGAGCUUUAAUGCUUGCUGAUCAUGGUAUUUGUUGUAUAGAUGAAUUUGAUAAAAUGGAUCCUAGAGAUCAAGUAGCUAUACACGAAGCUAUGGAACAGCAAACAAUUUCGUUGGCUAAGGCAGGUGUGAGAGCAACUCUAAAUGCUCGAACGUCUAUACUGGCAGCGGCUAAUCCUAUCGGUGGACGGUACGAUAGGAAAAGAUCAUUGCAACAAAAUAUUCUACUUACAGCACCUAUUAUGUCAAGAUUCGAUCUUUUCUUUAUUGUAGUAGAUGAAUGCAACGAGAUAGUAGAUAAUGCUAUUGCCAAAAGAAUCGUAGAUUUACAUUGUGACAAUAUACAAGAUAUCGAGGUGAUAUACACGCAAUCAGAGAUUAUAAGAUACAUAAACUUUGCGAAAUAUUUCAAGCCUGUUUUAAGUCAGGAAGCUGCAGAACUGUUAGUGGAGUGUUACACAACAAUGAGACAAAGAACGGGUAGCGGUUCGGGAAAAUGGAAAGUUACAGUGAGACAAUUAGAGAGCAUGGUCAGAUUAUCAGAAGCAUUAGCUAAGCUUGAGUGUGUGGACGAAGUUACUGUAAAGCAUAUUAAAGAAGCGAAACGUUUGUUGAACAAAAGUAUUGUCACGGUUGAACAGCCAGAUAUUGAUUUGGAAGACGUAGACAACGAAGAAAAAUUAGGCGUAAGAAUAGACGAUCCACCACCACUCAUGGCUGCACUGAAUGAAGUCGAUAUGGAUGACAAGAUGCCUACUCCUCCAACUGACGAACCACAAGAAGUACAAAAGAAGAAACUCACCAUGUCGUUCGAAGAGUAUAAAAAUUUGUCAAAUAUGUUAAUCCUUUAUAUGCGAAGCGAAGAAACUCGUGCCGAAAAUGAAGACGAUGCAAAAGGAGGCGGUAUACGUAAGUCCGAUUUGGUUGUGUGGUAUCUCGAUCAAAUACAAGAUCAAAUAGAUUCUGAAGAGGAAUUGUUAGAACGAAAAAAUUUCAUCGAGAAGAUUGUUGACAGAUUAACUUAUCAUGACCAAAUUAUAAUACCUCUUACUACAAGAGAUUUAAAAAGCAAAGGCAAAGGAGAUGCGGAAGAAGAGGAAGAUCCUUUAUUAGUGGUACAUCCUAACUAUGUCUUAGAUACGUAAUAUUUUUUUCAAUUCACAGCUAUAAUCCCAUAAAAAUCGAAGUUUGCAGAAUAUUUUUAUACUUUCGUCAUAUUUUGUAAUACACCCAAAGAUAAUUUGUAUAAACAAAAGAAAAAAAGAAGAAGAAAUAUAUAAAUCGAUCAAUUUUCAAUUA